AUGCUCCUUUUCGCAUCAAUUUUAGGGACUUGUGCUCUACAAAUCGUGGGUGGAGCUCUACAACACUGGCUAACCCCAUAUCGUCACACUUUCCAAAGGGCCGUAUCCGAAUGUUCCAGUUAUCAACGCUUACCCAAGGAAACCAUUACCUACUACCAGGAAAACGAUUAUCCCGAAGAACCGGAAUGUUUGAAACUGGUUCACUGUAUCCUGAUCGAUUUGCACGCCUGGAGUGAUCUGGGAGGGUUAGUGCCACAACAGUUGGAAGUUUUCUUGAAGAGGAAGUGCGAAUGUGAUCAGUUUUACAAACGAAAUACGCGAGAGUGUUUAGAACAGGAUUUGGCAGAUGUAGACCCAAAAAACUAUACGCUACGGUCUUACAAAACCUUUAAAUGCUACCUUAAACAUUGGGGUACUCCAUCGACCGAAAGAAAAUUCCUCAGAUAUUCGGACCGGGACCGUGAAAUAUUAUUCCGAGAGUCGUUUGAAAUUUCAAAUACUCCUAUAAGUGCGCUGGAAGAGUUUAGCCGGGGUAAUUUCGACAUUCCGGAGUUUGUAGAAUUGGGGUACACCUACGUGGUUCGGAUCGGAUACUACAUUCCCGGUUUCGGCUUCAACAAAGAAAAUCUUUACAUCCAGUUUGGUGAUGAAGAACUCUUUGGAGAGGAAUUGAGACAAUGCGAAAUCAACGUGCAGCAAGAAGUUUGUGACGAAAAGGAACGGGUCACGAGGAUGUUCUACCAAUGCUAUUCCAACUACUUGUCGGUGUUGAUACUGUUGGGAGAGGUUGCUGGAAAAGUGGUUGAGGAAUCGAGAGGUCCCUGUGAUCCCGUUACAACCACGGAGGCACCGGUCGAUGAAUGCACAACAGUCACUGAAUCCAGCUGCAAAUGCGAAACUACAACUCCAAACACGCAAGCAUGCCCUGAAUGA